UGUUUACUGUUGCUAGGCAAAGAGAACUAAAGAAAACUUGUAUGCGAUUGAUAGCUAGUUUGUAUUUCGAAGGCUGGCUUGCUACAAAGUUGCACACUACGUAGUGUCUCGCGUGUUUUCUCUGGAUUGCGGCCGAAUUUUACACGAACCAGGAUGGCAGCGGCUAAGCAACCAAAAGAAAAGCAUCCUGUGGAUAUUGUUCAUCAGAACGCAAUUCACGUCGAGACCAUAAAGAAGGAGAAUAGGAGCCAACAAUUGUACACGCUAUUUAGCGUAAACCCGUACAAAAGACUUCAUGUUUUGACUGACAAGCCUAUGGCCAGCCCCACCCACGACAACAUAGAGGAGGAUCCUGCUUUCCUGAAGAUCAUCCACAGGGCUUGUUUGGGACCAACCAAGAAAUACACUCACCCCCAAACUGAGAGCCAAGAAAUAGGCUGGAUAUCCAGACCUCUGAUUGUUUCAGAUCGCAGUGAUAAGAGGCUGAACUGGCCACGGCACAACUCUGAGAUCACCAAGUACAUGGAUGCAGCAUGGCGUCUGAAAGAACAGACACAGAACCUGGGCUAGAUCUACGGCCUACUACAAGCUGCCUACAAGACCCAAUUUGGAUAAACUACUGGACCAUUGGCCUCUUUGCUGGAUAUCAAUUGAGAAAUAUUAAAUGGAAACAUGGCUAUGAAGAAUAUUGCUUUACUGUCCCAAGCAAACAACUGGUUGCAGACAGACCGACUGUAUAAUGUCAAACACCAUCACGUCAUACAGAAAAUAAAUAUUGAACUAGUACAAAUCAUUUAUCAAAAAUAAAACAGAUACAGGAGCAGGUAUAGCCUGGUUCCAAGUCUGUUUGUGCCCUUGC